AUUGUGUAUAUACUUUAGCCACCAAAGGGAACUUAAUUGUUUCAGGAGAUGAAGGUGGCUAAUUGAUAAAAUGGUCAUUGGUGCACAUGAAAAUUGAAAGCAAACAAAAGUAACAUUCAGGAUGUGUCAAUUCUAUCUUGAUUAAUGCUUAAAUUUAUUCUUGCGGAGAUGAUCGCAAAGUGAACGUCUGGGAUACCGAUCUUUAACUUAAGCAUGUUAUUGUAAAAAUUUAUAGUUAUAACACUUAGCAAUUGGAAAGGGCAGAAUUGGAGUCAUUAUUAUUUUUUAAUAAUAACCUAAUUGUGGGUGGAGACGAAUAAGGGUAUCUGCAAUUCAUUGAUCCUAAAUAAGGAAAAGUGAUUUCUGAGAUCCCUGUUCAUAAUGAUCGCAUAUACAAAAUUAUGUAUUACGAUGGAAUCCUAUGCACAGCCAGUUCAGAUUUGUCUGUCAAGUUAUUCAAGUUUAAUAUUUGAGUUAUAUAUCCA